ACUAAUUAACACAAAUUAUUAAUUAAAAUCACAUUAAUUAAUGACGGGUGCCAUUUUAUUGUUUUGUUUUGACAAUGACAGAUAAGCAAAUUGUAAGGUUGGCACCACUGGGGUUGCCCUAGAAACGAAAAUUUAAACAAGUGACAAUUUUCAAAAAAUGGCAGAUUUGUUGGCAAAACAAGGCAUUUAUUUCAAUGAAGUCGACAAAGUUUGUAUUUUGGAACCAGAAAUAUCAAAGCAAACCAACGACUUGAAAGAAAUUUGCCAGAAUUAUGUGGAAAGAUUAGACGAAUUUCAAAAAAUUGCCAACAAAUUUAUUGAAAUGGUCGAUCAGUUGGGUAGAGAAGUGGAAAACCAGAAGAUUAAAGCCAUUGGGGCUCGAAAUAUUUUGCAAAGUAUGGAGAAACAAAAAGAAACCAAUCAGCAACAGCUUCAAGCCCUAAUUGCGGAAAAAUCAAUAGAAUUAGAAAGGCUAAAAAUCCAGUUGAAUUCGUUACAAAAAACUGAAAUGGAACAAAACGAAAUAAUAAACGAAUUAACUCAUUGCUAAAACAAGUGAAAAAAUGCAAUUAUAAUACUGUUAACUUAAUUUAUUCAUUAUUAUAAAACUACUACCUAGUAGGGUUCCUCGAGAACACUUUGUUUUUUGCCCUGUUUUUCAAGGUAACUUUUUAAUUUAAGUUCAAUUUGUAAGAAAUAUACCCUGUUUUUCUAAAGGUAUACCCUUUUAAAAAAAGUCAACAUUUUAAGGAAAAUACCCCAUUUUUUCCAAACGUGAAUACGGUUUUGUCCAAACAAAUUUCCCUUUUAAAAACACUCAAAAUUAGGAAUUUUGCCCUCUGUUAAAGACUUUUUUCCUGUUAAGGCCCCUACAGGAUACAUCUUUUUUUUUUUAACAAAUACAGGGUCAGUCACAGGAAAGUUACUUUAAAAAUUAAUUAGUUUGUAACCAAAAAUACCUUUUGCGUAUGUAAUAUUUUAUUUGAAUUAGUUUAGUAAUGAAUGUGAGCUGGAUGCAAAUGAGUGAAGUCGUCAAAAUGACAAGUAAUUGUGUACGGCUUCAAGGACUCUAAAUUUCAUUUUCUGGGCCAGUAGCUGUCCUUUGACGGGGUCUUUUAUUGAAGGACAAUCUUGUCUUAACUUGGCUUCCAGUUUUCUAAAUGUUCCAGGAACCGGAUGCAGACUUCUCCCUGACUUAGGUGUUAUUGUGUUUCACAACCGUUAAUUUCGCGUUAUUAGGUUUAUUUGUCUUCCACGAUAAAUUGGCCUGUGAUGCGGCAUUAAAAAUUAUAAGUACGGGCAAAUGGGGAGAACGAAGACAUCAAUUUAAUAUUUCCCAACAAACAUUCAAAAGAAGAGUGUGUGGGUAUUUUAAAUCAUUAUGUGGGCUUGAAGUGACAAAAUAUUUAUAUGCAUAUUUAUUUUAUAAGUUAACUAAGAAAAGAGAUUAUUCAUUCAUAUUCAUCAUAUUUAUAUUCAUUAUUAUAAUUUUCUUCGUUUAAUAAAAACUGUGUUAUGGAUUUAGUUGAUGUUUUUAACAUAAACAGGUCACAAUCAUCACAAUCCUUUGAAAUUCAACAGAGCUUCCUAAGUUGAUGGCAAAUUUUAACUUUUUAAAUAUGUCUUAAAAUCAAAUGAAAUGCCGUGGAAUUUUAAAUUUUGUAACAUAAUUACCACGAAAAUACGGCAAGUUGUCUUUGGUUACAAGCAAACCAUCAAAUAAAUAUCUACACAGUAUUUAAAUACUUUGUUUUAGAACCAAUUAACCCUAUUUAUCUUCGUGAUGAAGCAGAUCGAAUUCACUUCGCUUAUGAGGACUUGUCCGAAUUUGUUUGGCCGAAAUCGUAUUCAUAUGUGUGUUGAAGUGGCCCAACAGAAAAACAGGGUAAAAUCUUUAAAAUUGAAGAGUUUUAAAAGGUGAAUUUUAACUUUUAACAAAGGUACCUUAAAUCCUUUAAGAAGUGUUGAAAGGUGAAUUUGCUUGGCCGAAACCGUAUUCAUUUCUGUGCUGAAGUGGCCCAACAGAAAAACAGGGUAAAUUUCUUAAAAUCCUAAUUUUUUUAAAAAGUACUUUGAAAAACUGGGUAUAUUUGCUAAAAACAUGAAAGUGUGCUGUAGGGUCCUUAAUAGGAAAAAAGUCUUUAACAGAGGACAAAAUUAUUAAUUUUGAGUGUUGUUGAAAGGGAAGUUUGUUUGGAGGAAACCGUAUUCAGGUUUGGAAAAAAUGGGGUAUUUUCCUUAAA